AUGAUGCUGCCAUCGAUGGGGGCCCGCAGCCCAAUGUUUGCGCUGGCGUGCAGCGCCGGCUUCGUCCUGAUCUUCAUUUUUGGAUUCAUGGCCUGGUCGAGUCCGGAGAGCAUACCGUUCCCGCACAGCUCCGGGACCUUCAAUGAUGCAAAACCGCCAAACAUCAACGAUAUCCUGCGCAUUUUGUACGAGCCGCUCAAGACAUCGCCGUCUGAGCCCUUCAUUCGCGAGCCCAAUGGCACCAAGAUUGUGCUUCCUAAGAACCCGCGGUAUACGAAGAAGAUGGGCAGUGAUAUCUUGAUCCUGGAUCUUGACACAAGACCACUCAAGUCGACUGAGAUGUUUGCAAAGGGCGAAUACGACUGGCGCAACAUCAACCACGUAUCUGGUGGUGUCUUUGCUCACUAUGCCUACGCUCAGAUCCACGGCUACGACUACAAAUUUGUCCACGCGAGCGAGUUUGAGGACCGACACGCAACCUGGAUUAAGCCAUCUGCACUGGCCAACUUGAUCAAAGAUUACAAGUUCAUUGUUUUCCUUGAUGCUGACGCGACUUUCCGCUUCAUGCACCUCCCCAUCGAGUGGAUGAUGAACUACUGGAAUGUCGAGCCCCACCACUCUUUCGUCAUGGCGAAGGAUCCUUGGGAUUCCAGGGAGCCGCAAUACAACUCCGACCGCUUCAACCGAACAUACACUAACACCGGUUUCAUGAUCGUGCAGAACAACAAGCAAGUUUUGCCCAUCCUGAAGGCAUGGCACGAAUGCCCUGACGACGUCCGCUACCCCAACUGCUCGCAGUGGAAGCAGCCCAAGUUUCACGAGCAGUCCGCAUUCGGCGAAUACAUCCGCUACGACUACGAAGAAUACAUCAAGGAGCUCGACUGCGGCCAAGCGAAUGGCUUCCCCGGCGUCGAGAUCAGCAACUGCCAGGGCAAGUUCAUCCGCCACUAUUGGUUCCAGAAGUCCCUUGUCAAGAUGGACUACAGCGAGAACAUGAUGAAUGCAUUUACCUACCCGAUCCAGAAGCUAUUCGCGGAGAAAGAAGGCGUGGUGUUCAACCAGGAAAAGAACGUCAUACACUGA